AUGGCCUCAGCUACGACCACUGAUGUUUUCAAUUAUCGCUAUCAUCAUGGUACUAAUUUAGGGACCAUCUUCGUCCUUGAGAAAUGGCUGAGCCCCAGCAUGUACGUCCAAGGCUCAGCAGGUGACAGCGAGCUGGAUGCUGUGCGGGCCUCGUUGGCAUCCUCUGGCCUUGACGCUACUCGUGCCAAAUGGCAAAACCACUGGUCUUCUGCAAUCAGCGAUGACGAUUUUGCAUGGCUUACAGGACAGGCCCGAUGCAACAUGAUACGCUUGCCUAUUGGAUGGUUUACGCUCGGCCCGUCAUUUUGCCAGGGAACUGCUUUUGAUGGUGAGCCCGGGCAGGUAUAUGUUAACGCGUGGUCAGCUGUCAGAGAUCUCGUCCGACGCUGCCACGACCGAGGCAUUGGUGUCUUGUUGGAUCUUCACGCUGUGCCGGGUGGUGCAAAUGGUGAGAUCCACAGCGGAACCAGCAGCGGCAGGGCGGACCUGUGGGGAAAUGGAGAUAACCUAGACAGGGCUCGACGCUGUCUGGUCUUCAUCACCCAGGAGGUGGCAGCGGGCAUGCCAGGUGUGAUGGGCAUUCAGCUGUGCAACGAGGCCACAUGGGCAGCCCCAGGAAUGUACGAAUGGUACGACUCGGUCAUUGGUGCCAUCAACGACGUCAACAAGACUGUCCCGGUCUACAUCAGCGACUCCUGGAAUCUAUCCCCUGCCCUCGACUACAUACAAAGGAAGAACAGGAGCGUUUCAAACCCUGUCAUCGUGGACACGCACAAAUACUACACCUUCGCGGCCAGCGACCAGUCACAAUCCCCUCAGCAAAUACUCGAUCGCAUCCCAAACGAGUUAAACGAGCUUCAAAGCAAACAAGGCAACGUCUUCGACAAUGGCGCUGCCACUGUCUUCAUCGGAGAAUACAGCUGCGUCAUGUCCGAACCCACCUGGAGCAAAGUGUCUCCCAACGAUCGACCCGGUCUAACGAGGCAGUUCGGCCAGGCACAGAGCCGUAGAUGGCAACAGUUCGGCGGCUCUUCCUUCUGGACCUUCAAGAUGGACUGGAUGGAUGGCGGAGGCUGGGGCUUCAAACAACAAACCAACGAAGGUGCCAUCAUUCCACCCCCUUCCAUGAUGCUGCCGGCCCAGGAGAUCCGAAACCGUAUCCGCGCCGCAGGUGAGCAGCACCAGCGUCUCCAACAGACAGCACUACGCGAGCAUUCGGAGUUCUGGGACAGAACAGCACCUGGGACGCGGUUCGAGCACUGGCGUUUCGGCCAGGGCUGGGAUCUGGGUUGGAACGACGCACAAUUCUUCUUUGGCGCGAGAGCUCAGGGUGGCAUGCCUGGAGGUGGAGAUGGCGGGGAUAAGAUUGGUUGCCUGGAUGUUUGGGUCCAGAAGAGAAUGAGGGAGACGGGCUCGAUGAAGGAGCAGGCUGCUUUUGGGUGGGAAUGGGAGCAUGGCUUUCGAAAGGGUGUUGCGGAUUUUUAUAGUACUGUUGGGGUAUGA